AUGGCCGACCAUGAUGGUGCCUAUGUUCACCGCCCGGCCGAGACCUUUCCAACGGGUCCAGUGAUUUCUGCUGACGAUCCAAAGAGUCCAUUUCCACCAUCCGAAUCAAUGCUACAUCGAUAUAAUCGGCAUGCCGUUGUUGCCGAUUCAAAGCAAUGCAGUAAAGUGGGCAGCGACAUACUAUCAAACGGUGGAAAUGUUAUUGAUGCUGCUAUCGCCACAAUGUUUUGCAGUGGAAUUGUGUCAGUCGAUAGCAUGGGAAUUGGCGGCGGAUUCAUUAUGAAUAUUUACAAAGACAACAAAUUUUAUACAUUAAAUUCAAAGGAAUUGGCACCACUUUCAGCUACAAAAAAUAUGUUCAAAACACCAUCAGACUAUGAUAUUGGCGGGAUGAGUAUUGCAGUUCCGGGUGAAGUAAAGGGAUAUUGGGAAUUAUACAAGAAAUUCGGUUCUUUGCCAUGGAAAUCAUUGAUUGAACCGGCGAAAAACAUUUGCGAAGAAGGCAUUACCAUUAAGGAUCAUAUGUAUAAUUCUUUGGAAUCGCAUCACUAUGAUGACCAGCAUUUGAGAAACACGUUCUUCAAUAUAUCUGGCGGUCAACGUUUUACUGGUGAGCGCGUAAAAUUGGCUCCGGAAUUAUGCAAAACAUUACGAAUAAUUGCCUCAAAUGGUGGUGAUGAUUUUUACAAUGGGCAUUUGGCCGAAUUGAUAGAAGCCGAUUUGCGUGAUAUUGGUAGCAUUAUUACAAAAAAAGAUUUGCAAUCGUACAAAGUACGUUGGGAGGAAACAUUAUCGAUGCCGAUUGGUAGUAAUACGGUUCAUCUAACACCAUCAGCUGGUGGUCCGCUAGUGGGUUUUAUUCUGAACAUUCUGCGUGGAUAUAAUUUGACCACAAAAUCGAUCCAAUCUGAAGGUGAUCUAAUUCGUACACAUCAUCGUAUAAUUGAAUCCUAUAAGUAUGGUUUUUUUGUUAUGAUAGUCUAUGUUGUCAUACUAAAGCAAAUUUUAAAAUUAAUUCUGACCCAUUUUCGUUUAAUCGAUAUUUUAAGAUAUCGAACACAAUUGGAAGACUCCGAUGCUCCAUCGCCGUUGAUCCGAAAAAUGCUGUCCCCAGUUUUUGGUCAUGAAAUUCGUGCGAAAAUCAACGACUUUAAAACAUAUACUGAUCCCAAGCAUUAUGGCGGCAAUUUUAUAAUUAUUGAUGAAGGGACAUCACAUAUCUCGAUUCUGGCACCAAACGGCGAUGCAAUUUCUGUUACUGCGUCGAUUAAUUCGCUGUAA